CACGAGCAUUCACGGUGUUUUGGGACUUGGGGACGUAUUUUGGGAGGAGCUUUCUAUCGUUGCUUGUUCGGGCCAUGGAGGUGAGAUUGUUUCGACGCGUUGGGUUCAUUUAUGCCGUUCUAUGCUUCAUCGGAUCGGCCGCCGGUGUUAUCAUUUUCUUCAAACAGCUCGUCGAUGGUGGCCGCUAUUGUGACGGAUUCGACUGUGGCGACGAUGGUAGCGAAUAUAUAGUCUAUGCGGCACUUCAAAUGAUCAUGUGCUCACUAUCGGCAGUGACUUGUGCUUUUCUCAAAGUAGGAAUCGAUGAGACGGAGCCAAAAUAUAUCUGCAUCUACAAGGCGUUUAUGGUUACUAGAAAUUUCAUUCUGAUUGUUCGAUGGACUUUCGAAAGUGUCACUUUAGGUGUAAUACAAAUCAGUGGAAUUGAUUCUCCGAUUGUUCAGGAAAAACAAAACUUGGCAUCAGCGUUGCUUGUCGCGAUCUCAGCCCUGUUCGGGUUGGAAAUGUGGAUUAUCGACGGUAUUCAGCGCUAUGUGGAAGGAGAAUACAUCAAUGAGGAAAACGUUGAAAUAUUGUGAUCAGCCGUUUUGGCAAUGGUUGUAUUUACGAAGUGUAUUCACAGUAGCACGACUUUGUGAUUAUGACGUCAAAGCGGAUAAUUUUACUUUAUCCAACGCCAAAACCAAGCUGCUACAUGCUGCCAUACAGAUCUCAGGACACUUGUUCGUUUGUAGCUGUUAAUCGAUGUCUAUUCCUUCAUUAAUUAUAAAAUAAACGAUUCUUGAAAUGAAUAGAUUCUAUUUUUUUCAUGAAAUUUUUUGUUUUGACUCAUAUGCACUUUAAGCUUAGUUGAACACUAAUAAAAAAAAUAUAUUUGUUCUUAAGGCUGGA